AUGCCCACCUUGCAAUUCUUGAAUCUUUCCAGCAACAGGCUGAGAGGCAGUCUGCCUGAAUCUCUCACAACCAUGUCUAACCUGGUCACCCUAAGCGUUGCAUUCAAUUAUAUGGAAGGAACCAUCCCCCCAGCCCUUGGAAAGUUACGCAAUCUCUCAACCCUAGACACCAACACCAGCGGUCUCAAGUGCCCUGACAGCUACAGCAGCUGCGGUGUGCCUCAGAAUACAACCUCUGGCUUCUGCCGCACCUGCCCUGACUUCUGCUCCACAUCGACCACACAUGUGUGGCGUGCCUCCCAGCCGCUCCAGCAAGCAGCACGCACGUUUUCCAUUUGGAUACAGGAGAGCAAGGCGGCAACACUUUUCACCUUGGAAGGAAUGGGUGUGGAUGAAAAAAAUCUGCCGUUUACUCUGCACCGCAUUCGUUGCCUCCCCGCCCCGCUCUACCGCGUUUGCUCUGCUCUGCUCCUCCCCACAGCGCUGGUGAGCAGCAAGGCGGCAGCGCAGCACCACCCCAACCUCGUGCGGCUGCUGGGCUUCGCAAUCGGCAUCACCGACAAGAGAAGGGUCGAGCAAAUCCUCAUCUACGAGCUCAUGCCCAACGGCGACCUCUCGCGAUGGAUCGGGAAAGGUGAGCAUUUCAACUCGUGCGCGCAUGCGUUGCUUCGGGGCGAUAGCUUUGGCAUUCUCAUGCUUGAGCUCAUUACGGGCCGCCACGUCAUCACCAAUUCUUUCGAAACUCACUCCGAUGAGGAGGCGGGACAGCAGCUGCACAUUCUUCGCUGGGUCCAGCAGCAGCUGGGUCAAUUGGGCAACAGGGCAGUGGUGGCAGGCCUCAAGGACGCGCGCAUGGAGGCGUGGGAUGAUUUGGUGUUGAGGGUGGUGGAUCUGGCACUGCGUUGCACCGCCAAGCACAGCGCCAUGCGGCCGGCCAUGGGGGUGAUUGCAGCCGAGCUGGAGACCGUGCUGGUGGCGCUGGGCGGCGAACGUCGCAACUCUGCCGCCCGUCAGGUGGACCAGCAGGUGGAGGAGGAGAGGAUGGCAGAUCUGGACUUGGAUGCAGAGAUUGCGCGCUUGAAUGGGUUGAUUCACGACAACUGA